AAAAUAAAGCUCGUAAAGUUCAUUUUGGACUAAAUAAUUACCAGCAGGGAUAUCACUGUUGUCUCUCUUCCCGGUAUUGCAGAAGACAAAUGUGAAGGUUGUCUUCCUCAAAACUGUGUCCGAUUUGUAGUUCCAUCAGAGGUAACUUCGAAACCUUAAAAGGGCAAAAUCACUUUCAGAUGUCUCGGUUCAGUCCGACCUAUGAAGAUCAACAUCACCCACAAAACCCAGUCAUUCAACAGCAGCGAGUUAUAAUACAGAGCAACCAUGGGGACAAGCUUGUGGGGAUAUUGCAUGAAACAGGUUCUAAAGAACUUGUAAUCUUGUGCCAUGGAUUUAGAUCCUCAAAGGAUCGCAUUCCUAUGGUAAAUCUUGCUGCUGUUCUAGGGAAAGCAGGAAUUAGUGCCUUCCGCUUUGACUUUGCUGGCAAUGGGGAGAGUGAGGGCAUGUUUCGGUAUGGUAGCUAUCAUAGAGAAGUUGAUGAUUUACGUGCUGUAGUCCAAUACUUUUGUGGGGAGAAACGUGCUAUAGUUGCAAUUAUUGGACAUAGUAAAGGAGGAAAUGUAGUGCUAUUGUAUGCUUCGACAUAUAAUGAUGUUUGUAAAGUUGUUAAUAUUUCUGGCCGCUUCAAUUUGAAGAGAGGCAUUGAAGGUCGCUUGGGUAAAAACUUUUUAGAAAGAAUCAAGCAAAAUGGAUUCAUUGAUGUUAAGAACAGAAAGGGAAAAGUAGAUUAUCGGGUGACUGAAGAAAGUUUGAUGGACCGCCUAACAACCGAUACACAUGCAGCAUGCCUAUUGAUACCCAAUUCCUGCAGGGUUUUGACAGUUCAUGGUUCUGCCGAUGAAAUGGUACCUUUUGAAGAUGCGAAGGAAUUCAACAAGUACAUAUCUAAUCACAAAUUACACAUCAUAGAAGGAGCAGAUCAUGAAUACACUUCACAUCAAGAUGAAUUAGCUUCAAUAGUUUUCGACUUCAUUACAGUUAAUCCGCCGCAAGAUAAAGAUACACCUCCACAAUUACUACUUCCAUUCACGAGAAACAAAUUCAUCCAUUCGCGAUUCUGAUUCUUAUCAAUGUUGGUAGAAAUGAAGAACCUGCUGCACAACCGGAGGAAAUAAGUAUUGGAAUAUUCUGAGGUGGCUUAAAGAGGUUCUAUGGCAACAUUUGAUGUUGAUUUCAUUGCUACAAAUUCGGAGCUGCCAACAGACCAAGCUGCAAAAGAUAUUUCUGUGGCCUACCCAUUCUGGAUUUGGAUUUGUAAUUUUGUUUUGUCAUGUGGGUUACAAAAUUUAGGUUCAGAUUAGCAAAAAUGUACAUUUAUAGUGGACAAGUUGGUGCCCUACAUUUUACGUUCAUUCUUCACAUUUAACUGUUCAAGAAACGGACUUUUGUACAAAGAACUACUCUUCACAUUCAACUGUUCAAGGAACGGACUUGUGUACAAAGAACUACUCAUGUUGAUUGAUUUCUUUCAUCAUUUCCCAUAUAAUCAUGAAACUAUAGUUAGUUCUGGGAA